AUGAAGAAGUUUCUUCUACUAGUGAGUCUGUAUCUGCUUGGAUCUGCCAGAGGAGCAUCAGGUCAAUCUGAUAGGCUUCCUGGCUCUAUGGAUCAUCAAGCUUCAGUUCAGCAACCUUCAGGUGACUACUUUUCACUUGCAAACUCUUCAGAUGGUGAGGCUUUAUAUGAGACUUCUUCAGGCGAGAACACUUUGAGUGAGCAUGGUUCAAGUGAGCACACUGCGGUUGAACACGCUUCAGGUGAGCACGAUGCAGUUGAACAUGCUUCAGGUGAGCACGCUACAGUCAAAGAUGCUUCAAGUGAGCACGCUUCCAGUGGACAACCUUCUGGUGAACAGCCUUCGGGUGAAAAGCCUUCUGGUGAACAGCCUACAGGUGAACAGGUUGCCAGUGAGAAGCCUUCAGGUGAACAGCCUGCAGGUGAACAGGUCUCAGCUGAACAAGUCUCAGGUGAAAAAUCACCAGGCAAACAGCCAUCAGGUGAACAGCCUUCAGGCAUCCCGCCUUCAAGCACAAUUUCAGGCCCAGUAUUAAAUUGCCACACAUGCUCUUAUAUGAACGACCAAGGAAAAUGUCUUCGAGGAGAGGGAGUCUGCUCCACUCAGGAUUCCCAGCAGUGCAUGUUAAAGAAGAUCUUUGAAGGUGGAAAACUUCAAUUCAUCGUCCAGGACUGUGAAAACAUGUGCCCAUCCAUGAACCUCUUCUCCCAUGGAACCAGGAUGCAACUUAUAUGCUGUCGGAAUCAAUCUUUCUGCAACAAGGUCUAG